CUUGGUGUCAGAUAUGUAGGGUUUGACUUUGCCGUCAGGGAGCUGACUCAUGUGGUGUUUUUUGCAGCAGGAGGACGAUGAGAUAUUGAACCCGCGUCUGCAAAUGGCUGAGGGACACCAGCAAAUGGAUCUUGAUGCUCAGAGUGAAACCGAUAGUACUGAUUAUAGUACCAAUGAUGACGAUGAUGUUACGGAAACUUCUAUUUCCAAGUUUACAUGGACGAUCAAGAACUUCUCGAGGUUGAAAACCAGGAAGCUCUACUCGGACGUCUUCUUAGCGGGUGGCCACCAAUGGAGACUGCUUCUCUUUCCGAAAGGUAACAAUGUUGAUUCUUUGUCCAUAUACAUGGAUGCUGCUGAUUCGGCGAGCUUAGUUUUUGGGUGGACAAGAUUUGCGCAUUUCGGUCUGACUGUAAUCAAUCAAAUCAAAUCCAACCGUUCGAUCACAAAAGAUUGCCAGAACAUAUUCUGUGCACUUAGAAAUGAUUGGGGUUUUUCACAUUUUAUGCCACUAAGUGAAGUCCAUAACUCGAGCGAAGGAUUUCUUGUGAACGACACUCUUAUAAUCGAAGCCGAUGUCACUGUUCUCCGAUUCAGUGAUUGGUCUUAUGAAGAAAGAAAAGAGACAGGUUUGGCUGCUGUCAAGAGUCGAGUAGUUGAUUGCUAUCAGGACUGGACCGACCGUAUUGCUUACUCCAUGAAGGUGCUGAAUCGCAUGAUUCCUCCUCUCCUUGACGGUAUCUGUCAGUGCUUUGAGCGCUAGUCAAGCAAACCGAUGUCAGUGGUUUAUUUGCUCUUGGAUAGGCAUAAUAAACAAACUGCUCUCUUUUGUUGCUUGAAACAAAUAUUAUCAUUUUCUUGAUGCAUUAUUAUUGCUUUAGUUAAUUUUCUUUUUAUUCCGCUUAUCAAUUGUUAGUGUUCGACCAAAUUAUUUAAUUGUGGUUCUCGUUAUAUGACUUUUGGUUCUUAAUCAAAAUAUGAGAUUAGGAUUUAAAGUUGAUAUUGUUUUAGUGGUUACUUCCAAUCUGUACUGUGGAUUUUUAUUUUGCUAAUAAUACAACUGUAUAUAAAAAUUAUCGUAUAUGGAAUAGAGAAGCGUAUAGAGGUUAUAUAGCGCGCGGUAGCGCUCUGCGCUCCAUAGAAUUCCCAGAAUACCCCUAUUGGCCAUCCAUUUUCCGUGCCGUCGCUCGCCUCUGACAGUUCCCUUUCUCCGCCCUCCUCUCUCCUCUCCUUUGCCGUGGUCUUCCCCGAGAUCGCAGGUCCAUCUCCUCCGUUUUCGGUCGCGAUUGGGCUCCUCCACUUCCCCACUCUCACGUCUCCACCUACGCUCGCCGUACGCGCCACCACCUCCUCGAUAUCUUGAUAUCUAAACCUUCGGAGUUUCUUUGACCUUUGUGCCGGCACCGUCGAAAGUCCCCAGCCAAUGGCGGGUUAGCCAUGAUCUUGGUUUUCUUCCUUGGAGGGUAUUGGUCGGUUUUCUUUUCCUUUUUUUGUCUGCAUAGUUGUUCAGAGUGAAGCCACCAGUACUGACUGAAGCCAUCAGGAGGAGGAACCUUCGUCCUUAGAUUUACGUGGGCAAUCGAGAAUUUCUCCAGGUUGAACACCAAGAAACUCUACUCUGAUAUCUUUACAGUGGGUGGCUGCCAGUGCACAACCUACCUUAUGGGUGGAGUAGAUUUGGAUGGAUCGAUCUGGCUGCGAUCAAUCAAAUCCAAAGCAAGCAUUUGAUAUGAAAAGGUGAAGUGCACAAAGGCAGCUUCCAAGUGCUAAUCGGAAGUCAGCUGUUGAUGCUCCACUCCGGUUCUAUCGGUUCUCGCCCCUCGUAAAUACUGAACCAAUCCCGUAGCUGCUUAGUGCUUACAGUCUCAUCCUUUACGUCUGAUCAGUGCGAUUGCACAAAUUACAUGGAUGCUCAGCCCUGCAGGCUUUGUUUCUGUGGCAGAGUAAGAUCUUCAGAAGAAACCAAGAGGAACGUUAUGUUCGAAGUGCAUGCAUAUGAGGGCCAGCUCUGACUUCCCCAUCCUGCAAUGGUUCUCUUCCACCUGCUGACAGAAGUUAUUCAGAAUCCAGGAAUGGUGUGAUAACUUAACAUGAUUGGUCCGAGGGGCUUCUUCCACUUACAUUGCAGGUAUCGUAGUCACAACUUCCCACAAUAUCCUCCGUCCACCAUUGCUAAGGAAAGGACAAUCUAGUCCAGAUCUAGAAAGAAAUAUGAGUUGGUUUAUUAACUAAAUAUGUGUUCUACUAUUAGUUUAGGAUCAAGUUCAUGGAUUGGUUAUCUGAUCAAAUCGACCGUAUAGUUACUGGGCCAAUAAUCUAAUUGAGCCGGAUGGUCUCCUGAACACUGUUUAAGUCUAGCGACAAUUUGGCAAAUCAAGCCAAUGGUAAAAGAUAUUUGAUGAUUACUUGAUAUUUAUGAAGAUGCAUGCAAAGACAGAGAGAACAGUACCAACCUUUGAAAAUAUUAUGAUCCUCCACACAUACCACUUGUGUGAGCCAGCUUAGUCUGCUGCAUCGCUUACCGUCUACUGCGGAGGAGAGGCUACACAGGAAGCCACCGUGAGAUGGUACACGAACAUCUGGGAGUUGAUGCUUGGUUGACUCCUCCUCCUCUGUGCAUGGAAUGGGGCGCUUAUUGUCUCUCAAAACAUAUGGAGUUCAAAGUGAGAAAGCCGAGACCCUAUGUUUUGUUUACUCCCAGUCUGAGCCGUGCACAGGGACAGCAGCAGUCGCCAUGGCCGGUGGGAUUCGGCCGAUACCGUCGCGCUUUGUCCCAUUUGCUGGCCAUGACCAAUUCGUCCACGGUAGUGUGCAUCAUCCUAUAGCUUCUCGGCAUCUGCAGUCAUAUAUAAUUGUUUUGGGUGGCUCGAUCCGAGUUUUUGUCCUUGUGCUCGGAAGGUUUUCGUUGUUGGGUUUCUCGUGGGUUAUCACCGUACGCUUCCUCCUGCUACAUCCUUAUUUUUGCUCCUGCUGGGGCCUCUCUUUCUUGCUAUAUUUGCUGUUUAACAAUCACACGUUGAGGUGUCCAGUAAGAAUUCAAUUUUAAUCACAGAUUAUUUUUAUAGUUAA